AUGCGAUGCGCGAGCAAGGCCGCCGAGAGCGCGUCUGCACGUCUCUGUGCGGACGCCGAAGCAGAAACUACAGCAACUGAUAUCCCAUCGGUUGCUGAAUCGACUCAGCCUGUAUCACCUGGUGAUGCAGGCGCUGGUCAUGAAGACACUCGUGUCUUCACAGAGUAUGAGCUCGGUGUCUCGUACUCUCCUGAUACGGAUGACGGAUCCAUAUCGACGGCAAUUGAAUCCAAGCCGCCUGCCAAGCGUGGCAUGAACGAUGCUUUGCGUCGCAGCAUCUUUGGUUCAUCUGAUGAGUCAGAUGAACCAUCGCCGAAGCGAAGGCGCUCGAGGUCGCGAGACUCGGGCGCUAACAGUGGUGUCGUUUCUCCAAUGGACACCACUUCACAGCGAGGUGCCAGUACUUCUGUCGGCACGUCGCAGGAAGAGCGGGACCGCAAUGUGUUGCGUCUCGCUCCUGCGAAGAAGACAUGGAUGCCUCCCAAAUCCGUCAUGGGUCACUUGUCGGCGACGACGAGUGAUCGUUAUCGAACACGGUUGUUCGAUUCGUCAAGGAUCCAUCACCUUGACCCCAGCGCGAAAAACUAUCGCGCUGAACAUGAAUUCUUCAUCGAUGCUUUCUUUAAACAUCGAUGGUACAGUGGGAAUCACAAGCGUGAUGGUCCCUUACUGCUUCAGGCGUGGAACGCCUACAUCCAUAACCUUGAGGAUGUAGGUCGUGACGCUUGGAACGACAAACUUAUCAAAGCUCGUGAUAAGUUUGAAAAGCGAACCCCGACAGGUGCACGCUAUAAGCUGCAUCGUCUGUCAAGGGAGAAAGGAUUACCCUGCCUCUCUUGGGGAGACUCGUGCCCAUGUUGUGUGAACAACUCUGCACGAGCACCUAAGGAGGCUUACCUCCUUACCAGCCCGUGGUGGCGCGUACGUGUCUCUACUGAGAUGUACGAAGGGAUUGACAACCUGAAAUCCCUUUACGACCGUGCCGGGAAGACUUUCUCCGGCGGUCCUUCUGCGGCACAGGAUGUGUCGCGUCGUACUGCCUCGACCAGACCCAGUACGUCAACCAUCAAUUGGGAGCGGGGCUCCCAAGAAUCCCAGGACGGGGGAUAG